GUUUAAUACCCAGUUUUCAUCCGUUAUUUUGUUAAAUUAUUCAAGAGGCGAAAAAAAAGACAAAAUUUUGCUUUAUUUUGCCUUGUAAUCUAAGUGCAUAGGAACUUCCGUUAUUCUUGUUUUUUAUUUCCAUAGUUCUGGAAUUAUUUUCAGCCCAACACAAAAAGCAAGUAGCUAUUUUUUUAUGUUUAUAGAGUAGGGAAAGAAAGCAUUUUUGCUUCAUUAAGUCAAAAACUUUGGUGGGUUUUGGCUUUUGGGUAUGAACUGUGGAAGGAAACUGAUCUUUGAAUUAAGGGGCAAUGCGAGAUUGUUAGUUUAUUUGUUUCAGGGAAAGGUAAUAUGGUUGAUGAUGGAAACCAGGGGAGUUUGACUGCUGAUUCUUUGGUAAAGAGAGGAAGUAGUAGGCAGAAUAUUAGUUCGCAUCAGUUGCAAGCAGGUCAGAUCAUUGAGGGAGAGAAGAGUUUGAUGGAGACAGAAGGAAGGGUGUUCUCUGAUUUUUCUAGGAAUUCAAGUGACGAGCUGUUUUUGAAGUCCUUGAUGGAGAGCUCAAUGGGGAUGCCUGUACCAGCCAUGGAGAUGUUGGGGUUUAAGAAUCUUCCUCAUAAUUUUCGUGCAGAUAGUGAGGAGCUUUUCAAAAGCUGGCUCACAAAUGGAGAGAAUUCAUCCAGCAUGGCACAACGGACUCGACAGGCAUCUCGGAGGAUAUCCGCUGAACUAGCCACCUUGUCUACUCAGCCGCAGGGAAAUCUACCUGAAAAGAAAAAUGGCAGUGGUGCUGUACACUCACAAAAUAAUUCUGGCAGUGAUGAAAUCUCAGCCUCAGGAGAUCUAAAUCAAAAUUCAGUCAGGACUGCUGUCGAAAAGGGAAUGCAGCCUGGUGAUUUAUUUUUGGCCAAGGCCUGGUUUCACAGUUCGCAAGCCAUGACAAGAAGCCGAUCCUCUGAAUUGAGGAGGAGAUAUGCUGCUAUGCAAGGUGCUCACACAACACCAAGGCUGGAAGACAUACUCAAUGCUUCUGCGAUUGGUGUCAACAAAUUGAAUGGAGAAUUUCCAGAGCCAAAUGGCUUCAAUGACCUUCCAAUGUGUGACAUUCCCAGCCAGUUGGGCACAUUCAUAUCUCCAUCAAAUUCAUCCUCAUCAACAUUUUAUACCCCCCAGAUUAGCAAUGUGGAUAAUGUUUCUUCCGUUGUCAGCAUGCUAAAGGGUAUGCUUGAACGCAAAAGGCUUGGGAAUCAAAUGGAGAAAGAAGCGCUUGAGGAUAGUUCCAAUGGACUUUCUCAUGCUCCAGAAGUUAUGGUUAACAGUUGUUUCAAUCAAGGACUAGCAAAUCAUAUUCAUGAAAUGCCGGGAGGUUUUGCAGAAGUUUCUACUGGCCAAGUGAAGGAUGCUGGAGUUCUGCAAACAGUUCUAGGAUCUAUUGAGGGUUUUAUAAAUCCCACAAACACAAUUCAGAUGAGCACAGUUUCUCGAGAAGCUUCUCAAAGUGAGUCCUCUGCUGCUGCACCAGUAGUUUCAUCUGGUUUUGAUAUGUGUGAUGGCCCUACCAACUCAAGUCACAAUUUAAGUGCUUGCGAAACUUCAAGGAAACAAGUUGGAAACGGCAGGGGCUCACAAAAUGGUUCUAAAGGGAAAGAUUUCAGAGAAAGAAUAAUUGAUAAUUUGAAGGACGAUAGAAAGAGGGGAGGUCUGGUUCGGUAUGGAUCUGUAUCAUCAACUAGUUCAGUGGACAGGGCAGAUCCAACCAAAAAACGAAGGGUGGAGCGGUCAAGAAAGAUGGCAGAGGCAAAGGAGAGGAGUUCUACACCGGCAAUCCCAUCUGACAUGCAGACAAUCUUAAGGCGCUGUGAAAAUCUAGAGAAGGAAGUGCGAUCCCUCAAGCUUAACUUGUCCUUCAUGAAUAGGAAGGAUUCUGAACAAACAAAACAGAUAGAAGAGCUCCAGAAGCAGAAUGAGGAAUUGUGUGAAGAAAAGGAGCGCCUCCUGGAAGAGAUUGAAAGGAUCCUUGGAGAAUCAGGCACGAUGUAGAAGUCACAUGUAUAACAGGACUUAUCUGAUGGCUUAUAUCAGGUAUAGAAGUCACCAAGUUUUUUCGGAACAGGUGCUAAAAGAAUUUUGAAAACUACAUCCGCCUUAUAUUUAGCUGCAGUGAAGGACUGCAAGGUUUCUGUGCCCAGUAAUUUGUGUGUCAAGUAGUUCUGGAAAAAUUUUGUUUUCAAAACUUUUCCAGGACUGUGAUUUUCAACAGGAAAGAUCAAUUCCAAUAUCCCUGCACUUUUUCAUGGAUCAAGAGCAAAAUGAAGUCCUGAAUAGAAA